AUGGCACAGAAAACCCCGUCCCCCGACAAUAUCCCCGCGCUCGAGCAGCAGCCGCUGCCCGACCACGCAUCGCCGGCUGCGCCAUCCGCGCAGCUAGUGCCUACGAUCGAGCCGGCCACCGACGAGAGCGAUGACAACUACUGGAGCGAGUCGGCGAGCGACCUGACGUCGCUGGCGUCGUCGGUCACGAAUUAUGUCUAUGAGAAUGGACGCACGUAUCACUCGUAUCGAGAGGGAAAAUAUGUCGCCGACCGGGCAAUAUCUGACCUCCGUCUCAGCUUCACUCUGGUCCUCCGCGGACAAUACCAUCUCGCUCCGCUCGACGAACCGCAAAACAUCCUCGACCUCGGCACGGGAACAGGCAUCUGGGCUAUAGACGUUGCGGAUACGUACCCGUCAGCCCGCGUCAUCGGCAACGACCUCAGUCCAAUCCAGCCACGCUUCGUCGCGCCUAAUGCCGAGUUUGUGAUUGAGGAUUUUGAGGAGGAAUGGCUGUACAGCAAAAAUAAGUUUGAUUUUAUCCAUGGGCGAACACUGUCAGGUGCCGUGAAGGACUGGCCGGAGCUGUUCAAGAAGGCGCACAGACACAUCAAACCGGGUGGAUGGUUUGAGGUCCAGGAAGCCCCGAUUUGGUGCUGGAGCGACGACGACAGUCUCAAGCACGACUCGCCUCUUCUGCAAUUUCUCGCCAUCCUCGAACAGGCCAGCUCCAUCGACGGCCGCUCGCUCAACGUCUGCGAGCAGCUGAAGCCGUGGAUGAUCGAGGCGGGCUUCGAAGACGUCCACGUCAAAGUACACAAAAUACCAUGGGGCCCCUGGGCCAAAGACCCCCGUCUCAAGGAAAUCGGCCGCUACCAAUACGUCAACGCAAUCCAGUCGGUCGACUCGUACGGACUCGCGCUGAUGACGCGCCUCAUGGGGUACACCGAGGACCAGGCCAAGAUUUUUCUGGCCAUUGUCAAGAAUCAGUUGAGGAGUAAAUCGCUGCAUGCGUAUAACUUGAUAUACUUUGUGUAUGGCCGGAAGCCUCUUACUGCGUCCUAG